CCUCCGUCAGCGGCGCGUGGCGCAUCAUAUCGCCGACCGCCGACCAUAAACCGUAAACGCUUGGCACGGCGGCCGUAGAAUUUCUGGCUUAACGAUAGAUAGUCCGCGCUCGCAGCAGCGCUCGUGUUCACGUUUGGAAAAUGGCCGACCACAGGGAACGAGAGUCGUACUAUUCGCAGACGGAUCUGCGCUCCAAAAAUGACGACCCGCCAAAUUCGCGGCUCUUCGUCAUCUGCCACAAGAGCCUCGAGGAGGACGACCUCAGGAAGGCGUUCGAGAAGUUCGGCAAGAUCGAGGACAUCUGGGUGGUUAAGGAUCGUAAUACGGGGGAGAAUAAAGGUGUCACAUAUAUCAAGUUCUCUAAAACAUCAGAAGCAGCAUUUGCUUUGGAAGAAAUGAACGGCAAGAUGCUGGGUUCUGUUGGCAGACCUAUAAAAGUGAUGAUUGCGUCAAAUCGGGACCAGGGUUCGGUACGCGAGACGAACGAAGAGGAGAGGUGGGUUCGCUUAUUCUGUGUAUUGCCGAAAACAAUGACUGAUAGCGAGCUGCAACAGGAGUUUUCCAAGUUUGGCGCGAUCGAAUAUGCCACCGUCGUGAAGGAUCGCAGUACGAAUGAAUCGAAGGGUUUCGGCUAUGUCAAGUUCAAGAAGGUGUCCAGCGCGGCGCGAGCGUUCGAAGAGUGUGACAGAAAGUACAAAGCGGUGUUUGCCGAGCCAAAGAAGCCAAAGCCAGAUCACAACGAUGCCAAGUACAACAAUGGUCUGUCUGGUACCGCGUACGACGGCACCGGUAGUAGUUACGGUUCCUCGAACUUCGGGAAAAGCAGCAUCAGUCUGGAGAUCGCUACCAAUUAUUCCAACUCGGAAGGCUACACGCGUCUACAGGUGAUAGCACAUCCGGCCUUAAAUCAAGAUCAACUGUGGAAAUUGUUCGACAUUGUGCCCGGGAUGGACUAUUGUCACUUGAAGACUGACGUGAGAUACAGAAUGCCACGUGGCCAAGCAGUAGUGGUGUAUAACAAUCCGAGCGCGGCGGCAUACGCACGUGAGAAGUUCCACGGUUUCGAGUAUCCACCCGGUCAUCGAAUGAUCGUCAAACCAGAUUUGACAAGCGCGCCGCCAAAGAGCGCGUCGAAACCGGGCGGUUCGGCAGCGGGUAGCGUUGCUAGUGCGAGGACGGAUCUAGCACAUUUGGCAGAGACCAUUGCUCAAGCCACGUCGUUGAUUCAGGCGGCAGGUCUGACAGCACCGAGUCUGGACCACAUAUCUGUAAAGUUACCUCCGGUACAACCGAUGGCAAGUAUAGAUGCCGAGGUUGCCAAGAGAUGUUUUAUCGUGUGCGGUCCGCCGGUGCCGCCCAUCUAUGCUAUGAAGGACGCAUUUUGUAGGUUUGGAAAUCUCAUAGAUGUAUAUAUGUUACCCGGCAAAAAUUGUGGUUACGCUAAAUACGCCAGCGUUAGCAGCGCAAACGAAGCUAUCGAGGUCCUGCACGGCCAAGAGAUCUGUGGUUCUCGGCUGAAAGUGCUGGAGGCAGAGGAACGAAAUGUCGGCGAGGAUCGACGAAAACGACUAAGGAUGGACGAGGACGAGAAUUGAACGUGUUUUAAUUAAAAUGCGUAUCUCAAUAUCGUGAGGAUUCCACGAAGCAUCGUACCUGAAGACUGUGAUAUUAUCUCUAGCGUCAUAAGAUUAUUAUAAUGUUUCUACAUAAGUUUGUACAUAAAGGAGAAAAGUUUUACAAAAUAUAUUAAAUUAUUAUAUUUUAACACGGAUACUUGUGAUAUCUCGAACACGUUAAUUUAAUUAACCUUUGCCUUACACAUGUGCAUGUAUAGUUUCACUAAAUAACUGUAAAUAAAAAUUUAAUCUUA